GUUCAUAACAAGCAUGUUUACAUUUGGUGUACAAGAAUAUUUACGCGUUCUCUGUGAAAACAAAAUAUUGUCAUAACAUGCAUUAAUGCGUAAAACAAAUUAAUAUUUAGUAAAGAUGUCAUGGUGUAAACUGCAUGCAAUAAGAAGAGGCUUAUCAACUUCAUGCAGUUUAAAUGUAGACAGACCAAGGGUAAAUGAAAUCAACAUACAGUUACUGUCUGAGUCCUUGCAGCAGCAAAUAUUUGGGAACAAACAGUGCCGCCAGUCUCAGGAAAUAAGCACAGUUGAUAACACCGGACAGGAAAUCUAUGUCAGUCAAGAGCGUACUUUAGAUGAGAAGAAGCUUGAGAAGGUUAAGAAACAUUUGUCAGACCAUGAAUUAUGGAAUAAACAGAUAGUUUUGCAGAAAGAUAUCAACUUUGAUUUACCGCCUUUACUAGGUAAAACCAUAGAUGAACAUUUUAUCAAUUUGGGCAGGAAACAGGUACAGGACUAUGUUGAACUGUCUGAUUGUCUGUGUACUUCUGGAAUCCCAGAAAUGCCGAAUGAGUGGGCAUUCUGUCCAGGAUGGGUGAAAUAUGAUGAAGAAGGGAUUCCAAUACCAGUAGAUUACCCAGAAGACUGUGUGCUUGUGUUUGAUGUGGAGACUGUUGUACAGGAAGGGAACUAUCCGGCCAUGGCAACAGCAGUCUCAGAUAAAUACUGGUAUUCAUGGUGCUCAGACAAUCUAGUGGCGGAUAAAUUCCGAUGGACGUCUGAUGUACGGUUACAAGAGCUGAUCCCCUUGGAGACAACUGCAGGCUCUAGUCGGACUGAUGACAGCACAUCAAGACUUGUAAUUGGACACAAUGUUGCAUUUGACAGAUCAUAUGUGAAAGAACAGUAUUAUUUGAAGAAAUCAAAGUUGCGGUUUAUGGACACAAUGUCAAUGCACAUAGCAGUCUGUGGUCUUACAAACAUACAGCGCACUUUGUAUCAGGCUGCCAAGAACGACAGUAAGCAGAAGAUUGUAAAAGAAUAUAAACAACGACACAAAUGGGGAGCAGUUGUUGUUGAAGAUUGGAAAGAAAUGAGCUCAUUGAACAAUUUAGCCGAUGUUCACCAGUUACAUGUGGGUGGUGGGAAAAUUAACAAAGAUCCUCGAAAUAUAUUUGUAGAAGGUUCGACUGCUGACGUCAGGGACAAUUUUCAGGAACUAAUGAACUAUUGUGCUGGAGAUGUCCGAGCAACAUAUGAGGUUUUCAGAGUCCUUUGGCCAGAGUUUAAUGAAAGAUUUCCUCACCCGGUGACAUUAUCGGGUAUGUUGGAGAUGGCGACUGGUUACCUUCCAAUUAACCAAAACUGGGAAAGAUAUAAACACCAGUCUAAUGUAGUUUACAAUGACAUGGAACGAGAGUCGAAGCAGCUGCUUAUGAGACUUGCAAAUGAUGCUUGUGAACAAGUCAACAAUGAAAGUUAUAAAAAAGACCCAUGGCUAUGGGACCUUGACUGGACAACAAAACCAUUCAAACUGAAAAAGGAAAAGAAACUCACAAAGAAACAGCAGCAAGAACUUGAGAAGCGAAAAGAGGACGGGGAAUUGGAGGUGGAAAGUUGUUUAGAACAUGUUCUCAAACAACAAGAAAGACACUACAAAACUAAUACCUAUAUGAGUGGAUAUCCAGAGUGGUAUAGAACAUUGUGUUCACGUGUGACGAGUGAAGAAUGGUGUCCUGGUCCUCAUAAAAUUAGUCAUCAGACACGGGUCACACCAAAACUUCUACGUCUAACCUGGGAUGGUUUCCCUAUUCAUUUUGAUGACACACAUGGUUGGGGAUAUCUGGUUCCUGGCCGCACAGACAACUUGAAAGACCCAGUGCUUGGACCAGGAGAAGAGCCAUCUCCAGAAAGACUGUUCCCAUAUAAGGAACUUUGUGAAAUUAUGCAUUUAGAGGAAGAAAAGUGUGUGGAUGUAGAUGAUGACGAGGCAGAUGACCAGCAAGAUAUUGAUAUGACUGAUAAAGAAUUUGAAGUGAAAAUGGAUAAAAUGUUGAGUGGUGUUGUAGGUAAUAAAGCUGGACGUAAGUCAUACAAACACCACAAGGAAAUGGAAGACGCUGUGAUUAAACCACUGAAGAAACGAAAGCCAAGGAAGCAGCCAAGACAUAAAGGAGAUGGACCACAUAACAGUGUCAAUAUACCUGGGUGCUGGUUUUUUAAAAUACCACAUAAGGAUGGUAAAGGAAAAAGAGUUGGCAAUCCACUGGCAAAGGACUAUCUUAACCGUGUUGAAGAUGGCACCUUGUCGGCACACUCUGGCCCAGGAGCUGAUAUGGUCCUCAAAUUGAACAAGGCUUCAAGCUACUGGAAGAUGAACCAUAAACGUAUCGAAUCUCAGAUGUCAGUAUGGUUUACUGAAGAGGAACUUUCAGAGCACAUCAAAAAGGCACCAAAUUUUGUGGAAGGAAGUCAUUUAGGGGCCAUAGUUCCUCGCAUUGUACCUGCUGGUACCAUCACACGGAGGGGAGUGGAACCAACUUGGUUAACUGCUAGCAAUGCAUAUGUGGACAGAAUUGGCAGUGAACUGAAGUCAAUGAUUCAAGCUCCACCUGGGUUCUGUUUUGUUGGGGCUGAUGUUGAUUCCCAGGAACUCUGGAUAGGGGCUGUACUUGGGGAUUCACACUUUGGACAAACACAUGGAUGUACAGCCCUUGGUUGGAUGACUUUACAAGGUAGUAAGAAGGAGGGUACAGAUCUACACAGUGUUGUAGCUGACAAAGUCAGUAUCUCUAGAGAUCAUGCAAAGGUGUUCAACUAUGGGCGUAUCUAUGGAGCAGGACAGAGGUUUGCACAGAAGCUUCUGCAGCAGUUUAAUCAUCGUCUGACUGUGGAGGAGGCCAGACAGAAAGCUCAGAUCAUGUUCUCAACUACCAAAGGAAAAAGAAGUCAGGAGACAGGGGAAUGGAGUGGAGGAAGUGAGAGCUCUAUGUUUAACAAGCUUGAAGAAAUUGCACAUGGUGAAGAACCUUGUACGCCAGUACUUGGCUGUCGUAUCAGUAAAGCGUUAGAACCAGAAAAUGUCAAUGAAGAUUUCAUGACAAGUCGAAUAAACUGGGUUGUACAGAGUUCUGCAGUGGAUUAUCUCCACCUUAUGUUGACGUGUAUGCAUUGGUUAUUUGAGGAAUACAAUAUCAAUGGAAGAUUCUCUAUCAGUAUACAUGAUGAAGUCAGGUACCUGGUAGCAGAGGAGGACUGUUAUAGAGCAGCCUUAGCUUUACAAAUUACAAACCUACUGACACGAGCCAUCUUUUCUUACAAACUUGGAUUAAAGGACCUUCCACUGUCUGUGGCUUUCUUCAGUGCGAUCGACAUUGAUCAGUGUCUACGAAAGGAGGUGAAUCUAGACUGUGUCACACCUUCCAAUCCACAUGGCCUUGAAAAGGGAUACCAAAUACCACAAGGCUUUGCACUUGAUAUAUACCAAAUUUUAGAGAAGACAAGAGGUUGUCUUGACAAAGAUGUGACAAAAAUGGAGAAAGAAAUAAAAGAUUACGAUGAUACUGGAUUAGUUAUGAACUCUGAUGAUGCUGUGCUAGGUCAUUCAGAUGAGGAUGAAACUGUUGCUGGGUCAGGACAGAUUUGAACUUCUGCUGCAGUCAGAAGAGUAUGAAAUAAAAAAAAAGAUACGUCAGAAGAGAGUGGAUCUAGAUUGAAACAAGAUUUGUAUCAAAGUGGUGCUGUUAUAUCAGGAUGUGUUGCUGGAAUAGAAAAUAUUAUGAAGUAUUUUUUCAAAGCUUUUCUUGAACAGGACAUAGAUAAAAGUUUCACUCCUGGACAUUGGAAGUUAUGAUUUGAUGUCACUGGAUAGUUAAGAAAUAAUAAGUUCCCAAACGUGGUUUAUCGUAGAAUAACCCGUGUUUUGAGUUUUUAUGCGUAAGAAUAUAUGACGAAGGCCGUAGGCCUGAGUGAUAUAUUGUUGCGCAUAAGAAUGAAAAACUCGGGUUAUUCUACAAUAAGUCACACUUGGGAACUUGUUAUUUCAAUUCUAACACGACAUACUAGUAUCAACAGUGUUAGAAAAAAUGGUAACUACUUUUUACGACCGUGCUACGCACCUGGAUCGGAUGACGUCAUUGCACACGCGUGGUUUAUUGCAGAAUAACCCGAGAUAGAUUUUACUCUACAUGUAUGUAUGUUAUUCGCAAGGUCAUGUUAGAAUAUUGGUUAAAUACGAAUGUUACAAUGUUUUGCUCUAUCUUGAAAGAUAUAAGAUGAUAUCUUAGUUAAGGUUUUAAAAUUUCAUCACAGUUUUCAUGUGCACUUAUUUUUGAUGAUUAUUUUGUCUGUUAAAACAUGUUCAGUCUUCCACUGCCAUGGGGUUGAAAGCUAGCUAUAAUUUAGUUUUAGAAGCUGGUAGUACAGUACUAUUGAUGAUUGUGUACUUUUCCGGUGUUUUGUUUAAGAUUUGAACCGGUGCUUUUGUACAGUCUUGAAAGAUUUUGUGAGAUCUGGUUUAGAUUUUUACAGAUCUGUCAUUUUAUAUAUUCAUGUUACUUGUUGUUGUACCUUGGGGAACAUUUUUCAUGUAUAUUGCGAGCUCUACCUCUAUAUGUUUUUUUGGUGUAAUACACAGAUACCAAUUACUAUUAUUAAUUAAGUUCAAACAAUGAUAAUUUUUGAUUUUAGAAAUUGUAUUUAGUUUUUGUAGAUCUAUAAACACUUGUGUUCAAUUUUAUUUCUUUACUUAUUCAGUUGUUCAGCCAAGGAUGUUCUGAUUAUAAAUAAGUGAUAAUGGUAAUUAAUUAAUAUUUGGCAAUAUAUUACAUGGCUUUGAAUGGUGUUGUUUAUACUGUCAUCUGAGGAGAGUAUAUCUCGAAAUGUUUACAAUAUAACUGUCCCACAAAAAGGGAUGUAAUUAUUGUUUAUAAGAAGAAAAAUCUAUAAUAAGAGUUUAGUCUGAUAUAUAUUAAAAAAAAAUGCCUACCAAAGCUUAAAAUUUAGAAUUAUUUAAACAAUAUCUCCUCUUAAACCACUGGUCUAAUUUUGUAAUAAUUUGACACAAAUGCUCUUGAUUCAUCACAGUUGCAAGAGUUAAAAAUAGAAGAUUUCAAAAUCUGGCAGUAUUUUAAAAUGUUUUCACAGAAAUAUUCUUUAGUUGACACUACGAAAAUUGUUAAAAAUAUUAAAAGCCAUCUUGAUUAGUCAAAAAAACAUGGCAGUUUGUGGUGAGCCUAGUUUGCCCUAUAUAGAUGUAUAGUAAAAUUUGAAAAUUUCCUUCUCAAUCAGCAGGCUUGUUUACAAAGCAGCUUUGCAGAAAAGUUUCAUAUACCAGUUUGAGCUGUGAAACAGGUGAGCAGUAUAGGGCUAUUAUGGCUCUCUUGUUUUUUUAGAACCUUUGCUUUUGAGGUUACUGUUCAAAAUGUGUUCAUGAAUUGAGAUAUUUAUGUUUGUUAUUUGUUAAUUUUCUUUCAAAAUAAGGGCAUUUUAAAAAUACUGAAUCAACAGGUCAGAAAACGAAUUUGUAUUCUGCAGUGCAGCUUUGCAACUUUGUCACACUUUGAUUAGUUAUUUGAUACGUUAUUUGAUACAUCUGUAUUAUGAUCUGCUAUUGUAGAAACACCUUGAUUAUUUUAUGGACAUAUACUAGAUGUAAAGUAUUUUAUACAACAUACUUAGGAUCUAUUACAGGGCAUUCAUUCAAUCAGUGGUGGGGGCAUAUAGAUUUGGUCUUGUCCGUGCGUCUGUCCGAAGUUCGUGAUGCGCCUAGCUCAAAAAGUAUUUGAUAUAAAGUGAUAAAACCUUGCAUGAGUCUUGACCAGGAUAUGAACCUGCGCACCUCCUAUUUUUCAUCUGGCUCUGCCCCCUAUUUCCAGAGUUAUGGUCCCUGAAAUAGUCAAAAAUGCACAUUUUCACCUUGUGACACGCCUAGCUCAAAAAGUAUUUGAAUAUAGAUUCAUGAACAUUGCAUGAGUCUUAAUCAUGAUUUGAACUUGUGCACCUCCUAUUUUUCAUCUGGGUCUGCCCCCUAUUUUCAGAGUUAUGGCCCCUGAAAUAGCCAAAAAUGCUCAUUUUCACCUUGUGACGCGUCUAGCUCAAAAAGUAUUUGAUAUAGAUUCAUGAAACCUUGCAUGAGUCUUAAUCAUGAUAUGAACUUGUGCACCUCCUAUUUUUCAUCUAGGUCCGCCCCCUAUUUUCAGAGUUAUGGCCCCUGAAAUAGUCAAAAAUGCACAUUUUCACCUUGUGACGUGCCUAACUCAAAAAGUAUUACAUAUAAAUUGAUUAAACCUUGCAUGAGUCUUUAUCAUGAUAUGAACUUGCGCACCAAUUUUUUGUCUGCCUCUGCCCCAUAUUUUCAGAGUUAUGGCCCCUGAAAUAGUUAAAAAUGCACAUUUUCAACUUAUGACACACCUAGCUCAAAAAGUAUUUGAUAUAAAUGGUAAAAACUUGCAUGAGUCUUUAUCAUGAUAUAAACAUGCACACCUCUUAUUUUUUGGCUGGCUCCACCACCUAUUUUUAAAGUUAUGGCCCCUGAAAUAGUCAAAAAUGUACAUUUUCACCUAAGUAUGUGCCUAGCUCAAAAAGUAUUUGAUGUAAAUUCAUGAAACCUUGCUUGAGUCUUUAUCAUGAUGUGACCUUGCACACUUGGCAUUCUUCUUGAGAAUCUUAGCGUUUAUUUCAGAGUUAUGGCCCUUGAAAUAGCCAAAAUAAAGGAUGUUUUGUUUGUGAUGCUCAUAGCUCAAAAAGUAUAUGGCCUAGAAUAAUGAAUCCUUUUCAUAAAAUGUUUGUUGAGGCUAUACCCCUUAAGACUGCAAACAUUUGAAUUAUUGCCCUUUAUUUGUGACAAAUGUACCUAUGGGGGGCACACCCUGUGUCCUACAGACACAUUCUAGUUAGAUACUUACUUUAAAUGUAGAAAAUCCUCAUCAGAUGAAUUUUACUGGACUGUAUAUAUAUAUAUAUAUAUAUGUAAACUAUGUUUGUAGGGAAACAUUUACAAUUAAGUAUAACAUUUAACAUUCAUUUGUUACUAAAAACUUCCAGUUUUUUUAGCUCACCUGAGCCAAAGGCUCAUGAUGAGCUUUUGUAACCGCUCAAUGUCUGUCUUUUCUAGACUAUUUAAUUUCAAUUACCUGAUGACCCAAAGUGAUUAGGGGUCAACUGACUGUGACCUUGACCUACUGACCUACUUUCUUGUUUUUUAAGAUACAGCCUUUAAAUUUGGAUGACAUGUACAGUUUUGCACACCGAUCUUAAAAUAGAGAAAAGUGGAAACUUCACAGGUCGCUCAACACGACAAAAACGAAAAUGUUGCAGGCUCGGUUUGAUUGAGCCUGUUCAUGGACGGUAGUGGAAAUGCAUGCUACCGUCCACGCCCUCUAGCCCCGGGUUGAGCAGAACUCAACAUUUACACAUGCUAAAAGUACAAAAAACAAUUUAGAGAUAUCCGCAGAUGUAUUCAAACGGCGGUGAACAUGGAACCUUCAUUGAUAGACGUGUUGAGGCGUGUAACUCCAUGAAGAGCGGCGUUUGGUCCCCAGAUAAAUAAAGGGUUUGCCCUAAACAAGAAAACUUAAACUGACUUUCAGUGACCAUGAAUAUUACCUACUGACCUAUUUUCUAAUAUUUUAGCAUCAGUUUGCCAUUUUUAACAUGUGGCUCAUAUUACUCAGGUGAGCGAUUCAGGGUCAUCAUGACCCUCUUGUUUAAUGAUAGUACCAUAUUUUCCCUAAGUCUUGGGACACCCUAAAUCUUGGGACACCCUUAAAAUAUGGAAAAAUAAUUAUUUUUCUUGUCCCUAAGUUUUCCGACAUGUAUUUUCUCAGCAUAUUUUUCGUCCCUAAGUGUUGGGACUAUGGUUGUUACUGAUUCAAGAUGUAACUCAAAUACCGUUAUUAUACAUUGUAUGGUGUUGUAUCGAUCAAAAUGUCAAAUAAUUAUAAGAACCAAAGACUAUUUUUUUAACAUUUUCGUGUUGUGUUUUUACUUGAUAUUCCUUUGACACUAAAGUGUUUUUUUACCAUACCAGUUAAGUGUUGUAUAUUUUUUUUACUGCAACCAGGAAGUCCGUUUUCCGUUAGUUAGUUAUUUUUUAUUUACCACUGACUGGAAUUUACCCGCGAAUCGUACAGCUAUCAAAACGCCAUGCCGGUAAUUUUCCAUUUCACGAGCACGUGCGAUAACUUACAACGCCGUUACUUCUGUUUAUCGACAAGUAUACAAAAAACGCGCGUCACACAUUCAUUUUUUGAUUUUAUCGCUUCAGAUUUUCAACACCGAUUGAGAAGUAAUAUAGUUUGAAUUCUAUAACCAUUUUAAAAAUGAAUCGACAGAAAUGUAGGCAAAAGUCUAUAAAAACGGUCGAAUUUUCAUAAAAUUACUUGCAAAAUUUCAAACAGCGCGAUCCUAAAUACUUAUUUCUUUCUAAAAGUAAAUAAAUGAUACAAACUAUAGGCAUAAAAUUCAGACUUUUGGCCAGAAAAUACAUAAAACAGAAUAGAAAAUUCUUAAAUAAUGAAAAAGCGGCAGCAGUUUAAAAAUAUGAAGUAAAACGAUUUUUGGCAAACAGAUUUCUGUUACGUGACCUCGUGAACGUAAAUAGAAAAUCGGGAUGCGGUUAAAAAAACAAAAAAACAAUAAUGAUGUUGUUGCGUUUUUUUAAUAAGUUUUGCAUGUACAUGUAAUUUUUGACACGACACUUUAUAAUAAGAUAUUCUUCUCAAACAAUUUUGAAAUUUCCUUGAGGGCAAAUAGGUCACAGAGGUAAGGUAUCCUCUAUUAUAGUUUGACACGUUUACCUGUCAGUUUAUACGGGAUAUUGCACAUUCGCUUUAACAAAUUAAAAAGAAGCUUUUUUUAUUAAUUUUUACAACACUAGAUCUACUUCUCAGCACUUUAAAGAACCGAGGCAGUACGAUCAAACAGUGAUGUGCGCAACAUGGCGCGAGAACAUGAUGUAAUGCCAUGAAAAUCUCGGGGAAACUAUACCGCUUUGAUCUCCACUUCUAAUGUCAUCAUACCGACACACUUUUAGCUCUUUGAGGAGGUGUUAAUUCAUGAUGAAAACAAGGCCAGUUACUUUGUUUAUCAACAGAAUAAUUACCUAUAAUCGUUAACGUUUAUUUUUUCGCUUUCAACACGGGUGGGUGGGGGAUGUUACCCGAUGACGAUUAUUGUGUCCAUAUUUUUGGGACACUUUUCAAAAUAAUUAUUUUUCGGUAAAUAAGUCUUGGGAUAGUGAAAAAAAAUAAUUAUUUUAUGCUGUCCCAAGACAUAGGGAAAAUACGGUACUCAUUUAUGCUGUGCUUAUCUGUACAUGUAUUAAGUCUGUACUGUUAUAAAUAGUUUUGCCUUUUGAUCUGUAAGUCAUUCAUUGUUUUUUUUACAUGGCACCAGAAAUAGAUGUUAAUUUCUUCAAGUUUUGACUUUAUUCCAGCAGAAUUUAAUGUUGAACUAUAGACUGGUCAGUAGCACAAACAUAUGGACUGGUGAUUUAUAGAAUAGAAUAGAAUAUCUUUUAUUUCCAAUUUCAGACCCGCUCGGGCAUGACCAUUUUGAUAUAUACACAAAGUUCCAAAAAGAGGUAUCACUAAAAAUACAAAUCAACAGAAAAAAAAAUAGUAAUAAUAAACAAUAAUAAACAAACAAACAAACAAUAAAAGAGUCAUGUAAUGAGACUGUUUAUAUAUGAACACAAUCAUGUUUGAUAUUUUAUGUUUAUAUAGAUACUGUAAAGUAAUGUUCAUAAUACGAGGGCUGAACGCAAUACUGUAGUAACUCCUAUUAAAUAAAGAAGGACUUGUGACAGUAUUGUGUCAACCCUCAAAUUAUUAUUAUUUUCAAGUAUCAACUUGAGUCUAAUAAUAUUUAACAAAUAAUCAAGGCCUUUGAGUGGUUUAUUGUCUAAUUUACCACAGUUCAGAGUUCAGAUGCUUCAGUAUUUAACCGGGUUACGUGCCGAUAAAAACUAGGUCAGUAGGUCUAAAAAUAGAAAAACCUUGUGACCUCUCUAGAGUCCAUAUAUUUCACAAGAUCUUCAUGAAAAUUGGUCAGAAUGUUCACCUUGAUGAUAUCUAGGUCAAGUUCGAAACUGGGUCACGUGCCAUCAAAAACUAGGUCAGUAGAUCUAAAAAUAGAAAAACCUUGUGACCUCUCUAGAGGCCAUAUAUUUCAUAAGGUCUUCAUGAAAAUUAGUCAGAACGUUCACCUUCAUGAUAUCUAGGUCAAGUUCAAAACUGGGUCACGUGCCUUCAAAAACUAGGUCAGUAGGUCAAAUAAUAGAAAAACCUUGUGACCUCUCUAAAGGCCAUAUCUUUCAUGGGAUCUGUAUGAAAGUUGGUCUGAAUGUUCAUCUUGAUGAUAUCUAGGUCAAGUUUGAAACUGGGUUACAUGCGGUUAAAAACUAGGUCAGUAGGUCUAAAAAUAGAAAAACCUUGUGACCUCUCUAGAGGCCAUAUAUUUCUUGAGAUCUUCAUGAAAAUUGGUCUGAAUGUUCAUCUUGAUGAUAUCUAGGUCAAGUUCGAAAGUGGGUCAAGUGGAGUCAAAAACUAGGUCAGUAGGUCAAAUAAUAGAAAAACCUUGUGACCUCUCUUAAGGCCAUAUUUUUCAUGGGAUCUGUAUGAAAGUUGGUCUGAAUGUUCAUCUUGAUGAUAUCUAGGUCAAGUUCGAAACAGGGUCAUGUGUGGUCAAAAACUAGGUCAGUAGGUCUAACAAGAGGACCAUGAUGGUCCUGAAUCGCUCACCUCUUCCCACAUGACCCAGUUUUGAGUAUGACAUCGUUUUUAGCUCACCUGUCACAAAGUGACAAGGUGAGCUUUUGUGAUCGCGCGGUGUCCGUCGUCCGUCCGUGCGUCCGUAAACUUUUGCUUGUGACCACUCUAGAGGUCACAUUUUUCAUGGGAUCUUUAUGAAAGUUGGUCAGAAUGUUCAUCUUGAUGAUAUCUAGGUCAAGUUCGAAACUGGGUCAUGUGCCUUCAAAAACUAGGUCAGUAAGUCUAAAAAUAGAAAAACCUUGUGACCUCUCUAGAGGCCAUAUAUUUCAUAAGAUCUUCAUGAAAAUUGGUCAGAAUGUUCAACUUGAUGAUAUCUAGGUCAAGUUCGAAACUGGGUCACAUGGGUUCAAAAACUAGGUCAGUAGGUCUAAAAAUAGGAAAACCUUGUGACCUCUCUAGAGGCCAUAUUUUUCAUGAGAUCUUCAUGAAUAUUGGUCAGAAUGUUCGUCUUGAUGAUAUCUAGGUCAAGUUUGAAACUGGGUCACGUAGGGUCAAAAACUAGGUCAUUAGGUCUAAAAAUAGAAAAACCUUGUGACCUCUGUAGAGGCCAUAUUUCUCAAUGGAUCUUCAUGAAAAUUGGUCAGAAUGUUCACCUUGAUGAUAUCUAAGUCAAAUUCGAAACUGGGUCACGUGAAGUUAAAAACUAGGUCAGUAGAUCUAAAAAUAGAAAAACCUUGUGACCUCUCUAGAGGCCAUAUUUUUCAUGAGAUCUUCAUGAAUAUUGGUCAGAAUGUUCACCUUGAUGAUAUCUAGGUCAAGUUCGAAACUGGGUCAUGUGGGGUCAAAAACUUGGUCAGUAGAUCUAAAAAUAGAAAAACCUUGUGACCUCUCUAGAGGCCAUAUUUCUCAAUGGAUCUUCAUGAAAAUUGGUCAGAAUGUUCACCUUGAUGAUAUCUAGGUCAAGUUCGAAACUGGGUCACGUGCGGUCAAAAACUAGGUCAGUAGGUUGAAAAAUAGGAAAACCUUGUGACCUUUCUAGAGGCGAUAUUUUUCAAUGGAUCUUCAUGAAAAUUGGUCAGAGUAUUUAUCUUGAAAAUAUCUAGGUCAGGUUCGAAACUGGGUCACGUGGGGUUAAAAACUAGGUCAGUAGAUCUAAAAAUAGAAAACCCUUGUGACCUCUCUAGAGGCCAUAUUUUUCAUGAGAUCUUCAUGAAUAUUGGUCAGAAUGUUCACCUUGAUGAUAUCUAAGUCAAGUUCGAAACUGGGUCACGUGGGGUCAAAAACUAGGUCAGUAGGUCUAAAAAUAGAAAAAAACCUUGUGACCUCUCUAGAGGCCAUAUUUCUCAACGGAUCUUCAUGAAAAUUGUUGAGAAUGUUCAGCUUGAUGAUAUCUAACUCAGGUUCGUAACUGGGUAAUGUGCGGUCAAAAACUAGGUCAGUAGGUCGAAAAAUAGAAAAACCUUGUGACCUCUCUAGAGGCCAUAUUUUUCACGAGAUCUUCAUGAAAAUUGGUGAGAAUGUUCACCUUGAUGAUAUCUAGGUCAAGUUUUAAAGUGGGUCACGUGCCUUCAAAAACUAGGUCAUUAGGUCAAAUAAUAGAAAAACCUUGUGACCUCUCUAGAGGCCAUAUUUUUCGAUGGAUCUUCAUGAAAAUUGGUCAGAAUUUUUUAUCUUGAUGAUAUCUAGGUCACAUAUGCUCAAAAACUAGGUCACUAUAUCAAAUAAUAGAAAUAACGACGUCAUACUCAGUUCAACACUGGGUCAUGUGGGGAUAGGUGAGCGAUUCAGGACCAUCAUGGUCCUCUUGUUUCUAUUAUUUGACAUAGUGACCUAGUUUUUGAGCUCAUGUCACCCAGUUUUGAACUUGACCUAGAUAUUAUCAAGAUAAAAAUUCUGACCAAUUUUCAUGAAGAUCCAUUGAAAAUGGUCUCUAGAGAGGUCACAAGGUUUUUCUAUUAUUUGACCUAUUGACCUAGUUUUCGAAGGUACGUGACCCAGUUUUGAAUUUUACCUAGAUAUCAUCAAGGUGAACAUUCUCACUAAUUUUCAUGAAGAUCUCAUAAAAAAAUGGCCUCUAGGGAGGUCAUCAGGUUUUUCUAUUUUUAGCUCACCUGUCACAUAGUGACGAGGUGAGCUUUUGUGAUCACGCCGCGUCCCCCGUCCGUGCGUGCGUAAACUUUUGCUUGUGACCACUCUAGAGGUCACAUUUUUCAUGGGAUCUUUAUGAAAGUUGGUCAGAAUGUUCAUCUUGAUGAUAUCUAGGACAAAUUCGAAACUGGGUCACAUCCGGUCCAAAACUAGGUCAGUAGAUCAAAUAAUAGAAAAGCCUUGUGACCUCUGUAGAGGCCGUAUUUUUCAUGGGAUCUGCAUGAAAAAUGGUCAGAAUGUUCACCUUGAUGAUAUCUAGGUCAGGUUUGAAACUUGGUCACGUCCAGUCCAAAACUAGGUCAGAAGGUCAAAUAAUAGAUAAACCUUGUAACCUCUCUAGAGGUCAUAUUUUUCAUGGGAUCUGCAUGAAACUUGGUCAGAAUGUUCACCUUGAUAAUAACUAGGUCAAGUUUGAAACUGGGUCACGUGCUGUCAAAAACUAGGUCAACAGGUCUAAAAAUGGAAAAACCUUGUGACCUCUCUAGAGGCCAUAUGUUUCAAUGGAUCUUCAUGAAAAUUAGUGAGAAUGUUCACCUUGAUGAUAUCUAGGUCAUAUUUGAAACUGGGUCAGCUGCGGUCAAAAACUAGGUCAGUAGGUCAAAUAAUAGAAAAGCCUUGUGACCUCUCUAUAGGACAUAUUUUUCAUGGGAUCUGCAUGAAAAUUGAUCAGAAUGUUCAUCUUGAUGAUAUCUAGGUGAAGUUCGAAUCUGGGUCACAUCCGGUCCAAAACUAGGUCAGUAGGUCAAAUAAUAGAAAAGCCUUGUGACCUCUGUAGAGGCCGUAUUUUUCAUGGGAUCUGCAUGAAAAUUGAUCAGAAUGUUCAUCUUGAUAAUAUCUAGGUCAAGUUCGAAACUAGAUCAGCUGCGGUCAAAAAAGUAGGCCAGUAGGUCAAAUAAAAGAAAAUCCUUGUGACCUCUCUAGAGGUCAUAUUUUUCAUGGGAUCUGCAUGAGAAUUGGUCAGAAUGUUCAUCUUGAUAAUAUCUAGGUCAGAUUCGAAACUGGGUCACGUCCGGUCCAAAACUAGGUCAGUAGGUCAAAUAA